GUGCGUUAGUGUCUUGUCAGAGCUGUUAUGUGAAAGGUGUAGUCUUCGUCAUUUUGUCCUUAAACCGUGCAACUGAGCGAUUCCAUUGGAUUUGAUAUCAAAAUAGUUAAAGUGUACAUACGAGUAUAUGCUUAGAAAAAUUGUACAAAGUUUGUGCAAUGGGUUUAAAGUUAUUAUAAGAAAUAUUUGUCUGUAUAAUGAGAAAAAACUUUGCAAUAAUAUAAACGAGUAUUUUAAUUGUGCUUUAAAAGCCGCCCUGUACAUACAUACAUAUAUUAUAUAGUAUAAAGGAAGGAUAUACAUAUGUACAGGAGUUUUGAUUUUAUACCGUUGCAUUUAUUAUACCUACAUAAAUUAAAACAAAAAAGAACUAAAGGGAAACGCUUCAAAAGCUGUACAUUUUCGAAAUAUAUGCAUUAAAAAACAACUUAAUUAAAACUGCACAAUACGGGGAAAGUGCAACAACAAAUGAAAAGGAAAAAACACCAAAGAAAUAAAACAACAACAACAACAAUAUAAAAACUUUCGGUUUCUGUUACAUUUUCACUGCUGUGGUGCACCCAAAAUUAAAAAAAGGAAUUAAGAACUAGCACCAGGAACUCGAGAGACGCCGAGGACAACCAAAUAUUAAACGGCAUUAGAUUAAAGCAUAUCUAUGUGCAUAUAGAGUUGCAGGAAAACAAGAGAAAAACAUCAGAGAGAGAGAGAGAGAGAGAGAGAGAGAGUAAAAAAGAGUGCUACAAGAAUUCAUAAACUAAACUAAAAGAUUGGGGAGCAAAGACAAAAUAAAAAUCCCAGUUCGUAUUUUAUACAAUUAGAAAGGAGGAAGUUGAAGCUGAAGCAGCGUAAUAAAACAAAAGUCAAAUUGUUUCAAAAGGGAAACGGAAAAUACCCUAUACACUCGUCAGUUUUUUCUUCAUUUACUUAAACAGUGACAGUGACAGCAACAGCAACAGCAACAGCGCGACGACAACACAUAAACUACAAACGUGUACAAAUAUAUACGCAAAUUUGUAUGCCUGUGCCAAGAAACUGCACGAAGAUAAUUUUUGGAGUGGCGAACUUGUAUACAAUUGCACGAAAAAGAUAAUGGCAUCUACUAAUAGUGGCCCAAAAGCAAACAAUAACGGCGUUGAAGAGGCCUCCAAUCAUUUGCUAGCUGGAAUUUUGGGUUCGCUUCCGUCGUGGGAUAUGAGUGGUGCACAAGGUGGCAAUCCCUCAUGGGAAUCGACUAAUAAUUCACCACCUUGCAACGAUUUCUACAAUAACUUCUUCAGUACUUUGGAUGGCACAGCAAGUGAUUUAGGUGGUAUUGUAAUGGCUAGAGCGCAUUUAAAUCAUGGUACUACAACGCCAACGUCCAGCAACUCGAGCAUCAGUUGCAGUAUGUGUGAAGUAAAUGCGACCAAUCGUUGUAUUCAGUGUAAUGAGUUCAUGUGCAAUGACUGCUCGCGUGACCAUCACAAUAGUCUCCAAUUCGCAAAUCACUCGAUUUUUCUUUUGCCCUCACCAAUUGGUACAUCACCUACCGGUGGCUUCUCUGCUGGUACAAUGAGCAAUCCAAAACCUAAUCAAUUUUGCGAUUUACAUAAUGAAAUAUUGCAAUAUGUUUGCCAACCUUGCAAGAUGUUAGUAUGCCAAUGUUGCACCCUUUAUGAGCACAAAGGACAUAAGUACUCUUCGGUACAAAAUUUCUACGACGAAUCGAACGAUAUAAUUAAUCAUGCUCUUGAGAGCAGUAAUACAGGCAAAACAUGUAUUAAAGGUAGCAUUGACAGAUCAUUGGCAUUUAUACGACUCGUUGAGCGCAAUUGUGCUGAACUGAGCGAAAAUAUACGCAAAGUCUCCAGACAAUUUAUAAUGGCUAUAGAGGAUGUCGAACGUUACUUAUUGGAAUCCGUUGAGAAAUUGCGCCAACGCCGUUUGGCUAUCUUAAAUGAUCAAAUGGCCGGAUUGAAAUCCGCUCUCGCUGGACUCUCUGAAACCAUGGACAUGUUGCAAAAGAUAUCAGAGAAUUGGUCAGGUAUGGAUAACAUUGAUAUAGCAAAGAAGAUUUUGAAUGGACAACGUCAACUUGAGCAAUUUGCUGCCAUAUACAAAGAUUUACAUCCAAAAUAUGAGGAAUUCGUAUUCGUUCCACCAGACGAUAAAAUGUUGCAGGAUAUACUCAAGAAAGGCGUAAUUGUACGAGUAAAUGAUAAUAAGUCGAAUGUGGUAAACGGUACUGCUGGUAUCGGUGGAUCAGUCAGCGAGCCCGGGGCAGUUGGUCCUACGCCUAGCGCUAGUGUGCCAGUUGCCGGUUUAUCAAUACCAAUUAACACAAACGGUCCAUUCAAUUGUGAGAAUAGUUUCAACAACAUUCCUUCAUCAAUGUUGCCGUUACGUAGUUGUAACGCUAGUGCCAUUGAAAGGGAGCUGGGCGUAUUGUGCAAAUCAUCAAAUUUACGUUUAAGUGCACCGCGCAGCACACAGGCUAUAGGAAGUUUUACUGGACCUGUGAAGGCCCGCAUUUCUAAUACACUUUCGCUAUCAUUUGCCACAGAGGGUCACGAUGAUGGGCAAGUUAGCCGUCCAUGGGGCUUAUGCGUUGAUAAGCUGGGUCACAUAUUGAUCUCCGAUAGACGUAAUAAUCGUGUGCAAGUUUUUAAUCCGGAUGGUACACUGAAGUUUAAAUUCGGCCGUAAAGGUUCUGGAAAUGGAGAGUUUGAUUUACCAGCAGGCAUUUGUGUCGACAUAGAUAAUCGCAUAAUCGUUGUUGAUAAGGAUAAUCAUCGCGUACAAAUUUUCACUUCCACUGGUAUAUAUUUAUCGAAGUUCGGUAGCUUUGGCAAAGAAUAUGGACAGUUCCAAUAUCCAUGGGAUGUAGCUGUAAAUUCGCGACGCCAAAUUGUUGUAACCGAUUCACGUAAUCAUCGCAUACAGCAGUUCGAUUCUGAGGGUCGUUUCAUACGUCAAAUCGUCUUCGACAGUAAUUAUCAAACUAAGGGUCCUGCUUCACCGCGCGGAGUUUGUUAUACACCAACUGGUAACAUUAUAGUAUCGGAUUUCGAUAAUCAUUGUCUCUAUCUAAUAAAUCCAGAUACCCAUGAGAUCUUGUCGUCUAAAGGACAUGAAGGUGAUGGAAUCCAAGAAUUUAAUCGUCCUUCCGGAAUUUGCUGCGACGACGAUGGACGCAUUAUUAUUGCAGAUUCUAAAAAUCAACGUAUCGUUGUUUACAAUUCCAGCUUAAAAUAUCUAUGGAACAUUGAAAUACGUCCGUCGAGAAAUCCCUCGAUGCCGCAUAAUCUCGACGAAAAAGAUCGGACUUGCGACGUUUCUCUUAUGCCCGAUGGUCGAAUUGUUUUCCUAAUCGAAUUAUCACCUGAUACGAAAGAAGGCUCCAAUCCUUAUAAAAGAUUUGUACACGUUUUUUAAUUAUAGUUAAUAAUAUCGCGUACCACAUCAAACGAAAUCAUUGAGUAACAAGCCAAAACAUAUUGUUCCUCUAUCAAUUUAAAAACUUUAUUAAAAAAAUUUGAUGUGAAGAAAUUAACAACUACUUCUAUAGUAUUAAAAGUGUAGGCUAUAAUCAUUAUAAUUGCAUGCAUACAUACAUACAUGCAAAUAAUAUAGCUUAAGUUAGUGGAAUUCAUUUAUGGCAAACCUCCGAGGGUAUUUCUGCAAUGAAAAAUCUCUCAUAAACACCAUUGUUGUUCGGGCAGCACAAAACUGUAUUGUCCUCCAUUUGUGGGACAACAUCAAACCGCACCCCACAAAUUUGAGGAGAAGCUCGCCCAAGCCCCCAAAAAAGGGUGUAAGUCCCAAUUAUAUAUAUAUAUAUAUACAUAUAUAUAUAUUGCUCAUUUCCUUUAAUAUGGUCAUAAUAAAAAAUAUAUUUUUUUCAUAAGUAUGCAGAACUUGUGGUCAUUUAUGUCUUGAGUAUUCCUUAGGGAGACAUAGUAUCGAAGUAAAUGAGCGAUAUGUAAUUAAAGAUUAAUAGUAAUUCAAUAGUAAUCCAUUAUAUUAAGCAAAAAACAAAGAAAAAUGUAUUCGACGCAGGAGUCACACCACUAAAUGUCCUUCCAAGAAAGAAGUAAGCUGUAAAAGAGGGCAUUAAAUGCAAUAGUAACUCCAUUUACUCUUCGAGUACGAAUUAUUUUGUAAAGAGAGUUCCGUUUAAGAAUUGUUUUACAAUUACAUUAACACUCUAAAAAAUUAUUUUAUAUGUUUACUAAUAUAUGUACCUAAAUGGAAAUUUUAUUAUUUAUUGUUCAAAAGUUUUCUCGUCAUUUGCUGCAAACAAAAUAUACUGAUAAUUUGAAAAAAGUUAAAAAAUUGUGGCAUACACUUAUAAUGUUACCAAAAGGUCGUGCUCCUAAAAAGACUUUAAAUAAUAAUGUAAAUAAACAAUAAGAAAGUUAUGUGGCAAAAGAUUA